AGUCAGCUGUGUUGAGGUUAUAUUUAUUAUAAUUUCUUUUGAUUGUCUUUUUUUCUAAAGUAAAAAUAAAAGAUUACAGCUAAAAACUUUCUAAAUAUGAGAUUCAGAACGUUCAGCUUUGUGAAACAAAUUCAAACUUUAAGUGGUAACAGAAAUUACCAAUAUAGUACACUUACCAUUCAAAAUAACUUUGUGAGGCGGCAAAUUAGAAAUAGUCCUUUAAAACUUACAUCGUUAGUUUGUGUAUACUCGUCAGACAACAAAAAACAUUUGCUUGACAUUGAUAAGCAGAGAGAAGUGUUAAAAGAUGUAUUGGAGCAAAGGAAAAUACAAAUAAAAGAUACUGAACAGCGACUACGUAAAAAAGGUGUCGAGAUCGUCCGAGACUUGAGGCAGCAGAAAGACAUUACAGGUCAGAGGUUCAAAGAGAAAAGAGAGCACUUAGUAAAGGAUAUUUUAGAAACAAAAGCUAAAGUUAGGGAAAAAAUUGAAGAAGUUGUUGAGAAAGAAAAUGUAUUCACCGUUCCGAACAUACUGUGCAUGACAAGAAUAGCCAUGUCUCCAUAUUUAGGUUAUGUUAUAUUACAAGACAAUUAUAAUCUAGCCCUAGGACUGUUGGUGUUUGCAGGUGUUACAGAUGUGCUGGAUGGUUGGAUAGCCCGUAACUGGGAAGGUCAAUCAUCGAAAAUGGGAUCAUUCCUCGAUCCGAUGGCAGACAAAAUCCUGAUAGCGACCCUGUUCAUAAGUCUCACAUGGCAGGGCCUUAUACCGUUGCCCCUAACUUUACUGAUAGUGGCACGGGACACUGCUUUGGUCGCUGCUGGCUUUGUCAUCAGAUAUAUUAGUUUGCCACCUCCAAAAACCCUGAGCAGGUAUUUCGACGUUACGCACGCGACUGCGCAGCUGGCGCCCACGUUCAUAAGCAAGAUGAACACCGCCUUACAACUAGUUCUGGUUGGUACGACACUAGCGUCACCCGUAUUCGGGUACGUAGACCACCCAGCUCUGCAGGCGCUCUUCGGGCUAACUGCGGCGUCCACUAUAAUUUCAGCUAUAAGUUAUCUUAUUAGUAAGGACACAUACAAAGUGCUGAAUAAAAAGUUAUGAGUGAAGUUGUUAUGGAAACAGCAUACAGAUAACAAUUCAAAUUAUAUUUUAUGGGUGCGGGCACCCAUAAAAUAUAAUUUCCAUAAAAAAGUACUAUUAAAUUUUACUCAACACGCGUCGCGUGGCUCAGAGUUGAGGGUGGCUUGUUAUGAGAAUGUUUCCGGCCUUAGGUAAUAUAUCAUUGAUUGUGUUAUGUUUACUCAUCCAUUGUUUAUAAUCAUUAUUGUAAUUAUAGUAAAAGGUUUAUAUGUUAAU